GCGGCCGCGGCUACAUGCACAAGAAGACGCUGCUGCGGCACCAGCGGCUGGAGUGCGGCAAGGAGCCGUCGCUGCCAUGCCCCUACUGCCCGCACCGCACCAAGUACCGCAGCAGCCUGCUCACGCACGUCCACAACCGCCACGGCGACAUGCUGGCCGCCAGCGCCGCCAGCGGCUCGGCGCAAGACCUGUAGCGCGUAGCGCCUUGCCGCCCUUGUUUUGCUUUUAAAUAAACAGAAAAAAAAUCUAUGCGGUUAAGUUGUUGACCCCGUUCUCUCCUUUCCCAGCCACCCUUUGUCUUCGGCCCGUGUCUUCAAGUGUCUCUUCUGUUUGCAGGUGGUUUGGUCGCUCAGGGGGCAGCAGGGGCGGGGGCCUUCCCCUGCGCCGGCUGCGGCAAGGUGUACACCUGGAAGAACAACCUGAACCGCCACGUUCGGUACGAGUGCGGCAAGGCGCCGGCCCUGCGCUGCCCGCACUGUGACUACUGCAGCAAGUACAGCCAGAACCUGAGGCGCCACAUGACGCUGAUGCACGGGUAGGCCCGCGUAGGGUCGAGUGUGCGGAAAAGGGUUUCUGUCUUUCCAGAACCGGACUGUUUUUGUGAGAAGGACCGCGAGCGGUUUGUUGAAUGGACAAUUGAUUACCUCGUGCGCUGAUGUGUUCUGUUCGGCCUGCAGGUACUCUGGCGCACCACAUCAGCGAGGACACCAACACCAGCCUUGAGUUUCGUGGCGAGUUCUCGUGCCCGCGCUGCGGCAAGGACUACCGCUGGAAGCGCAACCUGACGCGCCACCUCUCCAAGGAGUGCGGCAAGGAGCCCGCCUUCCAGUGCCACUCGUGCGACUACCGCUCCAAGCACAAGCAGCACAUGCUGCGCCACAUCGCGAGCAGGCAUGCCGAGCAAGACCCCUUGAUGUGACAAAUAAAGUGGAUGUCUUUUU